AUGAAGCUCACUUUCAAGGACUUGAAGCAGGAGAAGUUUGUCAUUGAUGUCGAGCCUUCUGAGACUGUUCGCGAGGUCAAGGUCAAAAUCGCCCAAGAGAAGGGCGAAUAUGAGGCAGAGCGCAUGAAGGUCAUCUACUCUGGAAAGAUCCUUCAAGAUGACAAGACAGUCGAAUCUUACAACAUCCAAGAGAAGGAUUUCCUAGUGUGCUUGCCUGGAAAGCAACCCAAGCCCGCCGCCUCCACCGCUUCCCAAGUUCCCUCGACCCCAGCUGCCCGAGCUCCUGUGUCAACACCCGCUGCUCCCCAGGCUCCUCAUGCUGCCUCCGCCCCUGCCCCUUCUGCCGUCCCCGCGACCCCCUCCCCGGCCGGUGCGGCUCCAGCUCCAUCGAGCGGUCCCGCUUUCGGCGAUCCCUCUGCUCUCACUAUGGGCUCUGCCGCUGAGGGAGCAGUUGUACAGAUGGAAGCAAUGGGAUUCGCACGCACUGAUAUUGACCGUGCCAUGCGCGCUGCAUUCUACAACCCCGACCGUGCCAUCGAAUACCUUCUGACCGGUAUCCCCGAUAACAUUCAGGAACAGCAGCAACAACAACAGCGACAAGCCUCAGAGCCAGCUCCUACCGGCGCUGCUCCUGCUGCUCCAGCUGCUCCUUCCGGUGGUGACGAGCCCCACCUGAACCUCUUCGAAGCUGCCGCUCAGGCUGGUGGCGAAGGUGGCCGAUCUCGCGGUGCGGCUGGUGCCGGUGCCGGUGCCGGCGCCGCUGGUGGUGAAGCUCUCGGCAGCCUGGAAUUCCUCCGCAGCAACCCCCAUUUCCAACAGCUUCGUCAGCUUGUUCAACAGCAGCCUCAUAUGCUCGAGCCUAUUCUGCAGCAGGUCGCCGCCGGGAAUCCCCAAAUUGCAUCGAUCAUCGGGCAGAACUCCGAUCAAUUCCUGCAGCUUCUUGGUGAGGAACUCGAGGACGAGGAGGGUGCUCUGCCACCCGGCGCACAGGCCAUCUCGGUUACGGAAGAAGAGCGCGAUGCCAUUGAGCGUCUGUGCACUCUGGGCUUCCCCCGCGAUUCUGUCAUUCAGGCCUACUUUGCCUGCGACAAGAACGAAGACCUUGCCGCCAAUUUCCUUUUCGACCAGCCGGAUGAGGAUGAGCAGUAA